CUUCGUAGGUCUUGUUGUUCGCGCGAGAUUUUACGAGAGGAUAAGUUGAGGGAACAUGGCGACGUCUAAUUUGCUAAAGAACAAAGGCUCCCUUCAGUUUGAAGAUAAAUGGGACCUGAUGCGGCCCAUAGUACUGAAGCUCCUGCGGCAAGAGUCCGUCACCAAACAACAGUGGUUUGACCUGUUCUCAGAUGUCCAUGCUGUGUGCCUGUGGGACGACAAAGGUCCAGCUAAGAUCCACCAGGCCCUCAAAGAGGACAUAUUAGAUUUCAUCAAACAAGCACAAGCACGGGUGCUUAGUCACCAAGAUGACACGGCGUUGCUGAAGGCGUACAUUGUGGAGUGGAGGAAGUUCUUCACACAGUGUGACAUUCUGCCCAAACCUUUCUGCCAGCUGGAGAUCACUUUGAUGGGUAAGCAAGGAAGCAACAAGAAGUCCAACAUGGAGGACAGCAUCGUCCGCAAGCUCAUGCUUGACACAUGGAACGAGUCCAUUUUCUCCAACAUUAAAAACAGGCUACAAGACAGUGCCAUGAAGCUCGUCCACGCCGAGAGGCUGGGGGAGGCCUUUGACUCACAGCUGGUCAUCGGAGUGCGGGAGUCAUACGUAAACCUGUGCUCCAACCCCGACGACAAGCUGCAGAUCUACAGGGAUAACUUUGAAAAAGCGUAUAUGGAUUCUACUGAGAGGUUUUACAGAACACAAGCACCGGCCUACCUCCAGCAGAACGGCGUCCAAAACUACAUGAAAUAUGCUGAUUCGAAGCUGAGGGAAGAGGAGAAACGUGCCCUGCGUUACCUAGAGACGAGACGUGACUGCAACUCUGUACAAGCAUUAAUGGAGUGUUGCGUCAAUGCGCUAGUAACAUCGUUCAAGGAGACCAUCUUAGCCGAAUGUCCGGGCAUGAUCAAACGAAAUGAGACAGAGAGUGAGUACGGCAGGACUGUUCCCACCAAAGGCUCAGCCAGCUCAGAGUUGCACCUGAUGUUUUCUCUCAUGGACAAAGUGCCCAACGGCAUCGAGCCCAUGCUGAAGGACCUGGAGGAGCACAUCAUGAGUGCUGGGCUGGCCGAUAUGGUAGCGUCGGCGGAGACGAUCACCUCUGACUCGGAGAAAUACGUGGAGCAGCUGCUCACCCUGUUUAACCGCUUCAGUCGACUGGUGAAAGAGGCCUUUCAGGAUGAUCCACGCUUCCUGACUGCUAGAGACAAAGCCUAUAAAGCGGUUGUGAAUGAUGCCACGAUAUUUAAAUUAGAGCUUCCCAUGAAACAGAAAGGGGUAGGGUUGAAAACUCAGCCUGAGUCCAAGUGUCCAGAGCUGCUAGCCAACUACUGUGACAUGCUCCUGAGGAAGACUCCACUCAGCAAGAAGCUCACCUCUGAAGAGAUCGAGGCCAAGCUCAAGGAAGUGCUUUUAGUCCUGAAGUAUGUCCAGAACAAAGAUGUUUUCAUGCGCUACCACAAAGCCCACCUGACCCGUCGGCUCAUCCUGGACAUCUCAGCCGACAGCGAGAUAGAGGAGAACAUGGUGGAGUGGCUCAGGGAAGUAGGAAUGCCAGCUGACUAUGUCAACAAGCUAGCGAGGAUGUUCCAAGACAUCAAGGUGUCGGAGGACCUCAACCAGUCCUUCAAAGAAAUGCAUAAACAUAACAAGCUUGCUUUACCAGCUGACUCGGUCAACAUAAAGAUCCUGAAUGCUGGAGCGUGGUCGAGGAGCAGCGAGAAGGUUUUUGUGUCUCUCCCUACGGAGCUGGAGGAUUUGAUACCUGAGGUAGAAGACUUCUAUAAGAAGAACCACAGUGGCAGGAAGCUUCACUGGCAUCACCUCAUGUCCAACGGCAUCAUAACGUUUAAGAACGAGGUGGGCCAGUAUGACCUGGAGGUGACCACAUUCCAGCUGGCGGUGCUGUUUGCCUGGAACCAGCGACCGAGGGAGCGGAUCAGCUUUGAAAACCUCAAAUUAGCCACUGAGCUGCCCGAUGCAGAGCUGCGGCGCACUCUCUGGUCUCUGGUAGCGUUUCCCAAACUCAAGAGGCAGGUGUUGCUCUAUGACCCGGCAGUGUCUUCGCCAAAAGACUUUGCAGAAGGAACGUUAUUCUAUGUCAACCAGGAAUUUUCUCUCAUAAAAAAUUCCAAGGUUCAGAAAAGGGGGAAGAUCAACCUGAUCGGUCGGCUGCAGCUCACCACGGAGCGAAUGAGAGAGGAGGAGAACGAGGGCAUCGUCCAGCUCAGGAUACUAAGAACACAGGAGGCCAUCAUCCAAAUAAUGAAGAUGAGGAAGCGCAUCAACAACGCUCAGCUGCAGACGGAGCUGGUGGAAAUCCUAAAGAACAUGUUUUUACCACAGAAGAAGAUGAUCAAGGAGCAGAUUGAGUGGCUGAUAGACCAUAAGUACAUAAAGCGGGAUGAGACGGAUAUAAACACCUUCAUCUACAUGGCAUAGCAGAGCACAUUAGGACGACUUGUUCUGACUUUGGUUUCAGUGGAUCAGGCCUGAUGGACACUAGAAUACUUCCAGGCUCCCCGUCCUUUAUUUAAAAAAACAAAAAAUCCUGUGCAGGGAGGCAUGAAUUUUAAGACUGAGUCCUAUUUAAAAAAAAAAUUCAACUUCCUGCCUUAAAGUUGUACAGACAUAAAAAAAACAAAGACCAGUUGCAGUGGGAGUCUGCACCAAGUGAUCAUAAGUAUUUUUAGUUACGGCAGGGUUCCUCUGCCGUCCAGAUGAGGCUGUUAAUCUUUAAUGGUCUGCUUGUGAUGCAGUGGUGCAUCAUCGGGGCAGCCACUAUAACACUCCUGCUCAGUGCUUGCACACUUCUGAAGGCAUGCUGACAGGAAACGGCUGAGGAACUCAAAAUACCUGCAGUCCACUUUUAAUCCAUGCCAAAUCCACAUCAUCUGAACGUUGAAUAAAGUGCCGCCCGCGUCCCUCGAAGGCUGCUAUAACCUGUUUAUGGUGGCGGCUCUCUGCAGUUAAAGUGAUCAAACACUUAAUCUGGACUUUGUGUGAAUAAAUAAACAAAACAAGAUAAGCACUUCACAGUUUGCAGGACUGAACCAGACAACAAUCUAAAGCCAGCUCCAGACUCCCUCAAGCCUCUGGCCCUGGGUAAAAAGUUAGAAUCCGAGUCCCUGCGACCAAAUGUACCCAGGAACAGAGGUGGGGGUGCUGCAGUGACGCCAGGAAGCCUGGGAGAGGAGGCUGAGGUCAGUAUUACACAUGGUUAAAAACUACAAUUCAAAGCUAUAAGAAAGUGUACUGUGAGAUGUGAAUAAUGAAAUGAUGAAAUAAAGAGCACCUUAUUAUAAAACAACAUGUAGGCUUGUCUUUCAUCACAUGAACAGUUUAGGUGAUUUCUUUUUUUUUAAAAGGAAGCCCUAACAAUCCUCUUAAUUGCCCUCAAUUGAGGUAUAUUUGGAGUCAUUUACAAGCCUGUUUCCAGGCAGAGCUAAGAGCGGUGUACGCUUCCUUCACUCAAAUAUUUUGUUCAUAGAAGCUUUAAAGAGGUUGAAGCUCCAGCAACUCUAAACUAGGAUAAAAAAACAGCUUUAUUAGUUGAUCAGCACCACAAGCCAAAACGCGUUAGUCAAGUAAUAAAGCUGCUGUUUAUACUGCAAGUGUUGCUAGAGCCUCGACCUCUUCAGACCCUUGGUUCUUCUAAACGAACCUAGGAAGUAGGUGAAGUUAUGCUAGAAACCUCCAUUCUGUGUCAAGAGGCUAUCAAUGAAUCAUUUUUCCCAAAGCUACACCUUGUAACCAAGCAGGAAGAGACUGUGGAGAAUGCAGUGUAGGUUUAUAAUAGACUGCCAGUUGUUUUGUUUUCACACAAAGUGUCUCUUAUAAUUUGGCACUACAGCAAGUUUACUUUAGCCCAGAGGUACCCAGACUUUCCUGGGAUCAGUUGCUAGUUUGGAAUAAAACAAGAAGCCCACUGUUUAAAAAUGUGCUCAUUGGAAGCAUCACAAAGAAGGACGAUGAGCCAGUCGCGGUGCCGUGCUCCUCGGUUUCUCCGUCAGAUUCUCUCCUCAGUUGUCACCACUGGUUUUCAGUCAUACAUGUACUCCUUUUCGAAUUUUAGCCAUGUACAAGUAAUCCCUGUGAGCUGAAAGCUCAAGAUUCAGACUCCUUGAAACACCCAUGGUAUGAUCAUCUCAGGUAUACGGCUCUGGAUGUGAGCACAAAAACCCCACCUACCCCCUGUGUCAGACAGAGUGGAACUGAUGGAUGGAUCAAGCAUGAACCAAGUAAAACUUAU